AUGGCCGAUGCACCUGCACCUGGGGGACAAGACCCAGAAAGCUCAUUAGGCUCGUCGACUCUCAAAUCGGGAAUAACAGGAGAUUUAAGUGGAAAAACUCCUGUCGGAAAAAGUUCUGUUGAUGCGCAGGAUCUCUCGAGCACAAUACAACCCACAGAUCCUGGGCCAGCAAAUCCCUCAAACCCUCAAACCCCAAGACGUCCCAUCCCUUCUGGUCUCUCUCGAUCGGGAGAUGGCACUAUUGAUUUAUCGGGAAUUGGACGUACUGACAAGCCUGCAGCGGCUGCAGUGACCAAACCUACCCCAUCAAGUAGUCGCAAAAUCGAUAUUUCCAAGUACCGACUUCCAAGUGGUGGUUACGAUUGGACAAGAAUUACGCGUUUGGCGGGACGUCAAACCCCGCCGCGGAAGAAACUACCGGAAGCUCUGGAGCGCGAGCGCAAGCGUCAAGCUCCUGUCAUUCCUCUCGAUGCCAUAACUGAAAAAACUACGCCGAAGACGAGUGCAAAGGGGUCAACUUCCGUAGAGCAGGAACAAUAUGCUUCGUCGAAACGUAGUUUGGAAGGCGAAGGUAACACGUCGGUGAGUGAGAAGCCUGCUAGUGAUGCAGAUGUACCUGUGGUCGGUUCUGUUGGCGGUAAUGUAUCAAAGUCUACACCACUUUCAGAAGAGGAGGAGGAGUUAUAUGGUGCAUCUCCCCCAAGACGUAAUAUACCAGAGGGUUCACCAUCCAAGGAUAAGAUUUCACCAACAUCAAGCGAGAAAUAUCGUAAAAUGGCGGCCGCACCGGUCCCAUCCCCAAAAUCUGGCGGAUUAUUUGACCAAUGGUUCCCUCAUAGUCUGAAUACUCCGACUCAUAUUGUGGCGGAGGAAAAUAGAGGGCAGGUCGAAACAGAACUAUUAUAUGCACGCGAGAAGCACAUAGCUUGGCUUCACGCCGAGAUAGCCGGUGCACGUGAAUGGAUAAAGAGAGAGACAGAGGAAAAGGUGAUAGUGAAAUUGAAAGACGCAAUCAAGAGAUAUGAGACUCAGCUCCAACAAGCUGGGGAACUGGAGGGUCAACGUGAAGAACGGGAUCACCUACUAUGGAGUUUGAACCUCGAAAAUAGUCCUACUCUCCAAUCCAAAUUCUCAGCUCAACUUAAAUUAUUGGAGAAUGAGAUUGAAGUUGGCGAGAGCAAAGAAAGAAGGAGAAUAGAACGUCACAUGGGGGUACCUCAGGACUGGACUCUUCUACAGCAAGCCCUCAAUAUGACUCCAGCUGAGCGAGCUGCUUUGGGCGUACGCCCAGAAGGACCCUUACUAGCCCCCGCAACACGGCCGCCUGCACCACUGAACCAAUCUACAGCUGAAAAGGCACUACGCGAACAGUGGCAAUUUGAAGAUGCGCCCUAUAUAGAUGAGGUGACGGAGGCAGAAGCAAUGUCCUCAUCAAAAAAACAAGAAGCUGCGCUUAAACUGAUCAAAUCGAAGCGUCGGCCCAUCUUGCUGGAGAGGCAAAGGCAGUUAACUGAGCUGUGGAGAAAAGAAGCCGAGGAUAUGAGAGCAGAGCGCGAAUUGGCGUGGUCGGAAUCAGAAGAUGAGCAGAAGAAACAACAAACUAAACCUUCGCCCAAGAAACGAUCACCGGAGAAAUCGCAUGCGGAUAGGGGUGGAGGAGAAGGUCAUGGAAAUACGGGGAGUAGUGUGACUGGUCUUAUUAAUACUCAGAAACAUCUCAUGGAUAAUAAGAAACAGAAUAAGGAAGAACUGGCGAGGAAAAAGGCUGAAGAGGAGAAGAAAAGGGUCGAAGAGUUGCAGAAAAAGGUCGAAGAGUUGAAGAAAAAGGUCGAAGAGUCGAAGAAACAAGCUGAAGAGUCGAAGAAGGUUCCAGAGGCUAGCAAAAAAGAGGACGUUGCACCAGAUAGACGAGGUCGACGGGGGAUACAGGGUCUCCUUAAUCUCGCUGGACUUCGACAAAUGCCCGAGCUAAAGAAGGUGCCUGAGACAGCGAAAUCGCCACCUAAAGACAUGAGUAGUUCUUCGGAUUCAGAGGGAAAUCAGCCGGAACCGCCACCCAAGCCUGAACCUUUUAAAGCUGCGGUACCACUUUCUCCCAUCCUUGAUUUUAAAAGAAUUGAGGUAUAUGAUACUCAACCGGGAGUGGCGGAGCUUUUGCAAAAUGUGGCAAGGAAAAGGGUGUUGAGGCAGAUGCAGGCGAUGGGGAUACCAGUUGAUUUGGACGAGAUGCAAAAGGUAGUGACCGAGAUAGAGAAACCUUUUGUGGGUGAUAUAAGUGAGCCGGCUAAGAUUACUCUUCAGAAAAAGGUUGUUGCUGAGGCAGAGAGGAGGAAGGAAAGAAUGCGGGCUGCGGAGAAGAGAUUGAAAAAGGCAGCAGAGGAAAAGGCACAGAAGGAAAAAGCAAAGAAGGACAAGGCAGAAAAGGAAAAGGAAGAUAAUGAUAAACGAAAACCUUUCUAUUGGGAACGAGAUAGUGAAGAGGGGGAAGAGGAGGAGAAGGAAAAGGAAGAGUUGGACAAAAAGAACAAGAGAGCUGCGAAUGUGGAACGGAGGAAGAGGGAUCGGGCUGCUGCUACGAAGGAGAGGGAGGAGAGAGAAGCGAGGGAUAUGGGGAAGGCGAAGAGGGAUGCGGAAGAUCAGGAAAAGACUGAACAGGAACUUGCGGAGGUAGCAAGGUGGCAGGCUAAUAGAUUGGAGAGGCAAAGAUUGGAGAAAGAAGAGAGGGAGAGAGCGGGUAAUACGGAAAGUGAGAAGGAGAAGGAAGAGAGGGAGAAGAGGGAAUUGGAAGAAGGUGAGGCAAAGAUACGAGAAAUAAAAAGGAUACUACGGGAGAGGGCGGAAGAAGGGAUUAGAACGAGGGUAGAGAGAGAGCGUAAGGAGAGGCUGGAAAGAGAAGAAAGGGAACGACUGGAAAGAGAAGAAUGGGAACGGCAGGAACGUGAACAACAAGAACGGGAUCAGAGGGACUUAGACCAAAUGAUGGCAGAGCAAGAACAACGCGAACGACGCGCAGGCGAAGAAAGAGAAAGACAAGAAAUCGCACGCGACGCACGAGCGCGAGCCGAGCUCGAAUUCGAACGAGCCAUGGACCUCGAUUCCGACCUUAGCAUAUUCGGCUUUAGAUUGUUCGACUCCAUCCUCACCCUCAUCGAUACGGUCGGUCUAUCCUGGCUCCUGCGUACCGAUCCCGAACACACCGAGACGAUGAUGUCUGAUACUACUAGCUUGAGUAGCGAAUCUGAUAAUGAGGGAUCUGACUCCGAUCAUCCGUCGCUGGCGACACCGCCGCCGUUGCCUGGGGAUCCGAAUUCGCCGCCGGAUUCGCCCGGUUGGGUUCAUGAUGUGCAGGGGGAUGUGCCGCCGUUGGAGAGUAUUCAUGUGCAUGUUACGGUUUUUACUAGUAAGAGGCAGGCGCUGCCGGAUUCGGGGGUGCUGAGGUAUUAUUUGGCGUAUGCGAAUGUGCCGUUGAGGUGGAAUGUUUCGCAGUUUAAGAGGUUGUUGAGGGGGGUGGAGGGGUUUCCUGGGGGGGAGAAGGAGAAGGAUGAGAUGGUAAUGAGGAUUAGGGUGGGGAAUAGGUGGGCAAAACAUGGGGGGAGGACGUUGAGGGAGGAGGGGUGGAGAGAUUGGGAAAAUUUGGUCGUGCUGGUGGUGAGGAAGGGGGAGAAUUUGAAAAGUAGGGGGUGGAGGGAGUGUGUGAGGGAGAUGGAUGGGGUUAGUGGGUGGACGGAGGGUUGGCCGGGGAUAGGGGCGGUUAGGACGCCGGCGGUUAGGGAGGAUUGGUCGACGAUGGGGGAGACGGGAUAG